CGCCGGCGUCCGCGUCCGCAGCGCCACUCCCGGAGGUCCCGGAGCGGCGUGGGACCCCAGCGCCCGCAUUCCCGCCCCGCCGGGGACCAGGUGACCCGCUGUGGGUGGGGCCACGUCCACAGCUCUUCCAGGAAUGAUGCACCCAGAGAGUAGUGUCCUGGGCUCCAACUAUAAGUACAGGCAAAAUCCAUUCACAUACGAUGUUAAGCGAGACGUGUACAAUGAGGAGACUUUUCAACAGGAGCACAGGAGGAGAGCCCUUUCCUCCAGGAACGUGGAUAUUGACAUCACCACCUUCAGACACCACGUCCAGUGCCGCUGCUCAUGGCACAAGUUCCUAAGAUGCGUGCUUACAAUCUUUCCCUUCCUAGAAUGGAUGUGUUUGUACCGAUUCAAGGACUGGCUUCUUGGAGACUUACUUGCUGGUAUAAGUGUGGGCCUUGUGCAAGUUCCCCAAGGCCUGACUCUGAGCUUGCUGACAAGGCAACUGAUCCCUCCUCUCAAUGUCACUUAUGCGGCCUUCUGUUCCUCAGUGAUUUACGUCAUUUUUGGAUCAUGCCAUCAAAUGUCCAUUGGUCCCUUCUUCCUUGUGAGUGCUCUGAUGAUCAACGUCCUAAAGGAGAGGCCAUUCAACAGUGGUCACCUGAUCCUAGGAACUUUUCUCAAGGAUGACUUUUCUGCUCCCUCCUUCUUUGUCAACUACAACAGAUCCUUAAGCACCGUGGCAACCACAACUCUUCUGACUGGGAUUAUCCAGCUGUUCAUGGGGAUGCUGGGGGUGGGCUUCGUAGCCACCUACCUCCCGGAGGCCGCCGUCCGCGCCUACCUGGCCGCAGCCGCUCUGCACAUCAUGCUGUCGCAGCUGACCUGCAUCUUCGGGGUCGUGAUUAGCUUCCACGCAGGUCCCAUCGCCUUCUUCUAUAACAUAAUUAACUACUGCAUAGGUCUCCCGAGAGCAAACUCCACCAGCAUCCUGCUGUUUCUAACUGCUGUGGUCGCCCUAAGGAUCAACAAGUGCAUCCGAAUCUCCUUCAACCGCUACCCCAUCGAGUUCCCCAUGGAGCUGUUCCUGAUUCUUGGCUUCACUGUGCUUUCAAACAAGAUAAGCAUGGCCACCGAAACCAGCAGGACACUCAUUGAGAUGAUCCCCUACAGCUUCACGUUUCCUAUGACCCCGGACUUCAGCAUUCUCCCCCAAAUCAUUUUCCAAGCCAUCUCCUUGUCUUUGGUGAGCUCCUUCCUGCUCAUAUUUACGGGCAAGAAGAUUGCCAGGAUCCAUAACUACAAGGUCAAUUCCAACCAGGAUUUAAUAGCCAUCGGCCUUUGCAAUGUGGUCAGCUCAUUUUUCAGAUCUUGUGUGUUCACCAGCGCCAUUGCCAGGACUAUCAUCCAAGACAAAUCUGGAGGAAGACAGCAGUUUGCAUCUCUGGUAGGCGCAGGUGUGAUGCUGCUGCUUAUGGUGAAAGUGGGAAGCUUUUUCUACGAGCUGCCUAACGCCGUGCUGGCAGGGGUUGUCCUGAGCAAUGUCGUGCCUUACCUGGAAACCAUUUACGAGCUGCCCAACCUGUGGAGGCAGAACCAGUAUGACUGCGUUAUUUGGAUGGUGACAUUCUCAGCCGCCAUUUUUCUGGGACUGGACAUUGGACUACUUGUUUCAUUGGUUUUCACUUUCUUCAUCAUCACCGUGCGUUCGCACAGAACAAAGAUUUUCCUCCUGGGUCAAAUCCCCAACACCAACAUUUACAGAAGUGUCAACGACUACCGGGAGGUCAUUCUCAUCCCUGGGGUGAAAAUCUUCCAGUGCUGCAACUCCAUCACAUUUGUCAAUGUGUACCACCUGAAGCACAAGCUGCUAAAAGAGCUCAACCUGGUACAGGUGCCUCUUAAAGAAGAAGAAAUUUUCAAGCUGUUUAACGAAACGGAAACCAACAUACAGGAAAGCCUUUGUAGGUGUUUCUGCGACUGUGAGGAGCUGGAGCCACCACCCAGGAUUGUCUACUUAGAACGCUUUGAAAAUAAACUGGAUUCUGACACAUCCUCCGUUAACCUAGUCCGCUGCUCAUAUUUCGAUAACAUGAACACAAGCCAAAGUUCCUCUGAUGACCAAGUGCCAUACACAGUGUCUUCCAUGUCUCAGAGAAACCAAGAGCAAAGUUACGAGGACAUGAACAAGCAGUGGCUUGCUCAAAACCCCUCGAGAAACAGCUCCAUACCACCGCCGGACAUGACGGAGAGUCUGGGGAGGAGCAGAUAUCUCAUCCCUUACUCAGAGCCACCUCUUCAGCCCAGCACCCAUACCAUCAUCCUGGACUUCUCCAUGGUGAAUUAUGUGGACUCUCAGGCUUUGGUCGUAUUAAGACAGAUGUGCAAUUCUUUCCACAACGCGAACAUCUUGGUGAUCAUUUCUGGGUGUCAUUCUUCUGUGGUCAGGGCAUUUGAGAAGAAUGACUUCUUUGAUUCUGGCAUCACCAAGUCCCAGCUCUUCCUCAGCCUCCACGAUGCCGUGCUGUUUGCCUCGACGAGGAAGUUGCCAGACUCCUCUGAAUUAAGCGUGGAUGAAUCAGAGACAGUCAUACAGGAAACCUACUCAGAAACAGACAAGAAUGACAAAGCAAUACAGAAAAUGAGUAGUAGUUUUAUAGAAAACCCAAAAAAUGUAAAUCCAAGCUUCGUCAAGAUGCAGAAUCUUGCAGAAGAGGAAGAGUUGGACUAUGAGUCAGAGAUGGAGCCCACGCUGGAGUCAGAACAAGAAGAUGGGCUGGAUCUCAAACUGGCCCUGGAUCGGGACCUGGAGGACGAGUCAGAGCUGUACCCUGGAUAUGAGCCUGAAACAGAGCCCGAGACAGAGCCCGAGCCCCAGCUUGACACAGAGCCUGAGCCUGAGACUGAACCCGAGACCAAUCUGGAGAUGGAGAGGGAGAGGAAACCCGAGCCCAAAUCUGAAUCGAGGUCUCACAUGCACUCUCGGCAACACUACUGGCCGGUUUAUCAGUCUGGGGUUCGCAGCUCCUCGUCCGUCGGUCAGUCUCGGACACGAUCAGUGGAGAGGAGACGGCACCACAUGGAUUCCUACUUGUCCCAGGACAACAGUGAUGACGCCUGGAAGAUGAAGUAUAAAUAAGGGGUUAGAUAACCUUGGCAAAUCCUUCCCAGCCAAAAGGGGUCACUUAGUCACAAGACCUAGACUGGGUACAAAUUGCAGGACUUGCUUUGUGACUCCUCCAUCUGCUUCCUUCUUCCUUACUCAGCAUGGGGGGCACACUUCUAGACCACAUUACUAAGUGACAACAAUUAUCUCCCCUCAUUUCACCUUCAGCAGAUAUUCUAGUAAAGGAUUUCCUUCAUACACCCACAUCUCUGGGGCUUGUGCCAGACCACCUCUGACUUACUCAGAGCUCUCAUCUCAUCCCCUUUCUCCAAAGAGAUGAGGUUUCAAUAAAAUAUAGAACUCUGGUUAGAUUUGGAUCUUUCCUGUACCUUCUCCCUUCUCUGUAGCCUGUGUGCCCAAAGAAAUGUCAAAUGGAAGGGAUUCCAAAAGGGAGUGGACAUGGUGGAAAAAGACAGUCAAGUAAAAGAAAACUUGAGUAGCACUGUAGUUUAAUUUGCAAACUAUUUUCACUGUACGGGUGGGGAAAAUAGGUAGGUUAAGCCAAGCCAGAGGUAAGCCAGCCUGUGAGGCCCGUAGCACAAGGGUCUGCUAAGCAGAAAGCACUUCUGCUGUCACAGUCAACAUCCUAUCCUGCCAUGGUGUCACGGCCACCCAGCUGCACCAGCUGAUGAGGAUGCUCACUUUAAUAGAGUGCUCCCUGCCUCCGGUUCAAACACAUCUACCACUGCCUCUUACUUCUAAGUUUUUAAGAAUCAUUACUCUUGGUGGGCCAGAUUUAGUUCAAAUCUGUGACAGACACAAACCAGCUAGUAGUAGGAAAAAGUCAAUCAUUUCUAGCUUGGUUCAAAUCCAUUCAAACCGUUACUCCUUUUCCCAAUAGAAAAGAGUGUUGAGUAAUAUAAGCUAAGUCCAGAAGAGUACGAACCCCUGGUCAAAGAUAUAUGAAAUCUCGUAUUUUACUUCCAAUUCAAUAAACAUGGUUCUUUCUU